CUCCUCAACUCACUUCACUCGCGUCCCUUCCCGUCCCCGGCCGUCUGCGCCGCCGCACGCGUCUCGCUCCUUCUUCCACCGUAGCGACGUCGCCUCCCCACGCCGCCACCCCCAGAUUGGCGCGGCGCGGAGGUCCAUCCCGUCUACCCGGAGUCUGAUCGGCUCCUCCACUCGCCGUGAAAACUUCAACCAGGGAAUGGCAAUGUCUUGGACAAGAGGGUUAAAGCAUGUUGUUGCUCCGAGGCAUACGGCUCAACUGGUAGAGAGUAGAGGUCUUGCCAUUGCAAGCAAGGCAAAGAAGGGUGGAAAAGGUGGCGCUGAUGCUGCCAAAACUCCUGCCCUUAGCAAAGAGCUUAAGAGUUCAACAGUUUUUGGGGCAAACAUCCUCAAGGAAGGUUCAGAUCCGAAAAUUCAAGCAGACUCUGAGUAUCCCGAGUGGCUGUGGCACCUCCUUGAGAAGCGUCCUGUGCUAAGUGAGCUGCGGAGGAAAGAUCCCAAGACACUCCCUUACGAAGACCUGAAGCGUUUUGUCAAAUUGGACAACCGAUCUCGGAUCAAGGAAAACAAUGCUCUCACUGCUAAGAAUUGAUCUGGAGGGUCUCAGGAAGAAACAGGGCCUGCUAUUUUGUCCUUUUUAUCUGAAUACUUACUAGACAUAAUGAACUUUUUUUUGCCAAUAACAUAGUGGUUUGGAGCAUGAAAACUGCGGGAGCUGCUUUUGGUUUGGUACUAUUAUUGGCAACCUCUGAAUUUUACGAAGAUGUAGCCUCUGCCUCUUGUGUCCAGUGCUGUAGCAAUUCUCUUUAGUUCCAUGGUUCUGUGGCAUUAUCAGGUGUUGCAAUGUGCCAUGGCAUAUCACGGUUAACACACGUUUCAUUUCAUCUGAAUCUUGUUGGGAGGGCUGGAUUUUCAUUAAA